CAUGUUUGACAGCAGAAGUUGGCUUUCUACUGCAGUGAGAGAAAAUAUUUCUGAUUGUUUCAGAGGUGGCAGUGGAGCACACCUUUAGCACAGUAAAAUGAGUGAGCUCGACCAGUUACGCCAGGAGGCUGAGCAACUGAAAAACCAAAUCAGAGAUGCUAGGAAAGCAUGUGCAGAUGCCACCCUGGCUCAGAUCACAGCCAAUAUUGACCCAGUGGGGAGAAUUCAGAUGCGCACUAGGAGAACACUGCGAGGACACCUGGCUAAAAUUUAUGCAAUGCACUGGGGGACUGAUUCCAGGCUUCUAGUUAGUGCCUCCCAGGAUGGCAAACUUAUAAUUUGGGACAGCUAUACUACAAACAAGGUGCAUGCCAUUCCCCUGCGCUCAUCCUGGGUGAUGACUUGUGCAUAUGCUCCUUCUGGAAAUUAUGUGGCUUGUGGUGGUCUUGAUAACAUCUGUUCCAUUUAUAACUUGAAAACUCGUGAAGGGAAUGUACGUGUCAGCCGUGAACUAGCUGGUCACACAGGAUACUUGUCAUGCUGUCGUUUCUUGGAUGAUAAUCAAAUCGUUACCAGCUCUGGUGACACCACUUGUGCUCUCUGGGACAUAGAAACUGGUCAGCAGACAACUACGUUUACUGGGCACACUGGAGAUGUCAUGAGUUUGUCUCUUGCUCCUGAUGCCCGGUGUUUUGUUUCUGGUGCCUGUGAUGCCUCUGCCAAACUGUGGGAUGUUAGAGAAGGAAUGUGUCGGCAAACCUUCACUGGCCACGAGUCGGACAUCAAUGCCAUCUGUUUCUUCCCAAAUGGCAAUGCAUUUGCCACGGGCUCGGAUGAUGCUACCUGCAGGCUCUUUGAUCUUCGGGCUGAUCAGGAACUCAUGGUUUAUUCACACGACAACAUCAUCUGCGGCAUCACCUCCGUAGCAUUUUCCAAGAGUGGACGUCUGCUCUUAGCUGGUUAUGAUGACUUCAACUGCAAUGUCUGGGACACACUGAAAGCUGAUAGAGCAGGUGUCCUUGCUGGUCAUGAUAACCGUGUCAGUUGCUUAGGUGUGACUGAUGAUGGGAUGGCAGUGGCAACAGGAUCAUGGGACAGCUUCCUCAAGAUCUGGAACUGA